AUGGAACAGCAAAUCCACCAGGCGGUGGAGAUCGCCAUGAGCGGCACAGCGGAUCCCAACUUAAAGAACCAAGCAUUUGCAUUCAUCAACCAGAUCAAGUCAACGGAAGAUGGAUACAAAUCGUGUGUAGACAUUUUAGUGAAAUCAGGAGCACAGCCAGUUAACGAAGGCUUGAAAUUUUUCAUUUUCCAGGUAGUAGACGAAAACAUCGAGAAGCUAUCCAGCGAACAGUUGUACUCGUUAAACGAUCAACUUUUCAAAACACUUUCCUCAUACAUCAGUAACGACGUGUCCGAUCCGAUCUACUUACGUAACAAAUUCUCCCAGUUAUUUGCAAAGAUAUUUUGCUAUGUUUACUUAAACAUUUACCCUAAUUUCUUCAAGAGCUUGUUCGAAUUGAUUUCUUCAAACAAGCAGAUUGCGUUAGACUACUACACCAGAAUCGUCAUUGCAAUCCACUACGAGAUCGGUGACAAGUUCAUUGCCAGAUCGAGAGAACUCCAGGACAGAAACAACUUGUUGAAAGAUGCCAUCAGAUUGAACGAUAUGAAUGCAUUGGUCUCAUCCUGGGGCAAAAUCUUACAGGUUCCAUCCAACUCAAGUGAGGUGUUGAACAAUCAGCUUAAAAUCGUGGGCCAAUACAUCAACUGGAUGGAAAUCGGCUUAUUCAUCUCCAACGACUACAUGCGCUCCAUAUUCCAAUACUUGAACAAAGAACACCAGAGGAACGAAACCUGUAUGACGUUGAUAGAAAUCAUCUCUAAGAAAAUGAAGCCCUCCAACAAACUCGAGUUGGUUGGAAUUUUGGAUAUCACAAACAUCAUUAACUCUAUCGAUUUGAGCGAAAACGAUGACUUGGAGUUUGUAGAGAAUAUUGCAAAGCUUAUCAAUCAGGUCGGUCAAGAGCUAUUGAUUGUCUUGGAAAACGAGCCAACUUUAUUCUCGAGCAUUAACGCUCAGUUGGCCAAGUUGUGGCCCCUAAUUUUCAGCUCCUUGGGCCAUGAAUACGACGAUGUCUCGCAACAUGUAUUUCCAUUUAUUCAACAGUACCUAUUGUUAUGUAAAAAGAGUCCAGAGUUGGGCUCGCUCGAUUUAUUGUCGACUUUGUUGAACAAAAUCAUUAUAAAGAUGAAAUUUGACGACGACGCAAAUGGUGUCGAUGACGACGAUGAAACAGAACAAUUCAGUGAAAUUAGAUCCAAGUUGAAAAACUUUCAAGAUACCAUCGCUGUCUUGAAGCCCGACCUAUACGUAGAGGCCAUUACGAUUGUAAUUAAUGAAUCUCUUUUUGGAGGAGAUAAGAACUGGAGAAAGAUCGAAUUGGGUUUAUUUGAAUUAAACAAUUUCUCGGAGAGUUUAAGAAAUAAUUUGAUCAACCUCCCAAAAAGUGAAAUUACUAACAGCAAACCAUUCCAAAUCUUCCAAGAAUUCUUAGUGAAAUUAAUCAACUCUGACUUGAUAAUUAACGUCAACCACCCAAAAAUUCAAAUUGGGUUCUUUGAUAUUGUUGUUAAGCACUACAAUUUCUUAAAUGCUCAGUCCAGCCAACAGCUGCUUAUUCUUAGAAUCUUGGAGAUCUUUACUAGUCCUCUUGGACUUUUCAACGAAAAUGAAAAAGUCAGAUUGAGAAGUUGGUACUCCUUCUUUAGAUUCGUUAAAUUAACAAAGCCUAGCUUGAAUAACACAGCCUUUGUUGAAAAUGUUGUGAUCAAAUUGCAGCCUUUACUUGUCAUCAAGGCUGAACUCCCAACAACGGACGAAGACGACGAUGUCGUUGAGAAUGGAAACUUUAGCAGUCAAUUGUACUUGUAUGAAUCAAUUGGUCUCUUGAUUUCGUUGUUGUCGACCGAUUUGAUGAAUCAUAAGAUAAAGUUUAUCGACUUGGUUUUUCAACCAUUGUUCAAUGAUUUAGAAAACUGUGUCAGUAGUUCUGAACAGGUCAAAUUGAACCAGCCUUUAAUUUCCAUGCAAGCUCAUCACUGCUUGAUGGCACUCGGUACAUUUGCCAGAGGUUAUGACCACGACUUCCAAAACAAAUACUCAGAAGAGAUUAGAGGAAAGAUUAAUAAUGCAGCUCAAGUUGUUUUAAUUACAUUGGAGAAUUUUCCAAAGAAUGAAUUGAUCCGAGACGCGGCCAGAUUUUCAUUUGCAAGAUUCAUUCCUAUCUUGAAAAACCAAAUUAACAUUCAUUUGGCCAAGUUUGUCACUUUGGUGUUGGCAGCCAACAACUUAAAGAUCAGCGAGUUGACUGAUUUCUUGAGUUUCUUGGGUCAGAUAGUUCAUAACUAUAAGGACGAUGACAAUAUCUACCAGUUGUUAAAUAAUUUGUUGACUCCUUUAAUCAAGAAGAUCUUUGAAUUGUCCAGUAACUCUGGUGAGGACGCAUUGAUUCCAGACAUAAUUAGAGAUAAGUAUCAAUUAAAGAAGGCAUACAUGACAUUUUUGAGUGCCAUCUUUUUGAACCAUUCUGCUAGUUUAUUUGUUACUGAAACCAACAAGCAAGAGUUUGCUGAAGUUGUCACUAGUCUUUUGGAGUAUGCCUAUGACUUGUCUGAAACCUCUGUAUCGAAGUUGGCCAUCACACAGUUGAUCAAUGUGGUGAAUUUUUUCGGAAAUGGAGGCAAGAUCCACGACCCAGAAGAUAAGUAUGCCAAUAACUUGCCACCUGUGGAAGGGAUUGAUGCAUUCUUGAUGAGCAGAGUCACUCAAUUAUCAUUUGAAUUGCCAUUCCAGAAGCAAGAGUUUGACUUGAAGGAUGCCCAGUAUAGAUUGAUUGGUCAGGAAAUCUCUCUUUUAUUGAAGUCGUAUCAACAGAGGGGAGGCGAUGAGUUUUUGAGUUACUUGUCGAACUACUUGACCAACAUGGGGUUGUCGCAGAGUCUUAUGAAUGAUUUUGGUUCCAAUUUGGUCAAAUUGGAUGCCCGAAACUUCAAAAAAUACUUCAUAACUUUUGUGACCCAGUUAAAGGGUAACAAAUAGUUGCACCAGCAUAUCACUUUUAGUAGGGUCAAUUAAGAUAACAAGAAAACCCUUACAAACCAUAUUAUAGCACAACAGCAAAUAUUCUAAACAGGGAGAAAUUCCACUCAAUCAUAUUGCGAAACAAAUCACAACCACAACCAUAAUCAUAUCCGCAUUGCAUAAUAUUAUUUAGUACACCCAUCAAAUAGAAAUUAUUGGGUCCCUUUCAUUCAAGGUUCUGCCUGAAACUGACUGUAUCUGUUGUUAAGCCAUUGUAAAUUUGUCUCUCUGUCCUCGUUUACAACUUCCUUUUCGUUCGUUCUCAUGUACAAUCUCACUGGGAAAGGUUGACUUCGCCUACACUUAGAUCGAACAAUGCUCGCCUGACCUUGUUUCUUUCUGUUGCAAAGUCUACUCUUAGUCCGUGCAUCAUUCAGUGUUUUUCGGUGUUCCAUAUGCAUCUGGAUAGUUCACAAAGUACAUAUUUCGGAAGGACUAAUUGUUGCUGCAUUCCAACCGUGAACAUGCCGAAGUAUCCAGAGAAUGUAAGUCCCUAUCUUACGAUCUUUGUACAUGGUGCGCUGCGUAUGCAUGUUGGUGUCUAGAAAGAAUAAAGCACGGAGUUGUUACUACCAGUAAACAGUUGUUUGAUUAUACCUUAGCCGACAAACUUGUAUUUCAGGGCUGAGCUCGGAAAAAUAUCUAACUGGCCAUAGUCAGGGUCCUAUGUUUGGUAGAGGACAAGUAAAUGAAAGAAGUUUAAGAGAGCAUAUACUAGAACUAGAAAGGGUAUGUAGUACACGUAAAUAGAACACAAAAAUGCAGAAACUUGAAUUU